AUGCUUAUCACAGAGACACACAAAGAUGUACCGACCAAGGCGGGUGGUGACAUGAGAAUCUUCAUCUUCCAUCCCACAGUUCCAAACUACCCGAAAGCAAAGUUUCCUGGAGUGGUCGUCUUCUCGGAGAUAUAUCAAGUCACGGGGCCUGUUGCUCGCUUCGCCCGACAGAUAGCCUCCCAAGGCUACAUUGUUGCAGCGCCCUCUUCGUAUCACGAAUUUACCGGCCCAGAAGCACUCGCUUAUGAUGGACCUGGUACUGACAAGGGGAACGAGUGGAAGAUUACCAAGACUGUAGAAGCUUAUGAUGAGGACGCCACACUGUCAGUUGAUACACUACUUGAUAUGCCGACCUGCAAUGGGCGUGUUGGUGCCACUGAUGCAUUCAUUCGCGACGAGCUCAGUAAGGGACGUUACGACGCUGCGCUAUCAGGCAUCUGUUUCGAGAUGCUCAAAGAGCUGUUCAAUCGCACCCUGCGAUCUGAUCUGGGUCCUCGCUCUGGUGGCGACGUGGAGAUUGAAGAUGUAUGCUAG